UGUGUGUGUAUGUGUGUGUGUGUGUGUGUGUGUGUGUGUGUGUGUGUUCAAAGGCUUUUUGCCAGUCAAGUAGACUUUCAUGUUAGAUAUAAUAUAUAUAUUUUUAAACCAACAUGCACCCGUCUGAUCAGGGAUUGAGCAUAGUGCAUUUGAUUGGUCCUCACUACUGGUACCUGCCUACUAUCUCAUCUAAAUUUGUACUUUGUUUGACGGUAGAUUCUCAUUGAAGUCACUGAUGUGCCUAAUAUAUUCAGUGUAACCACCCUCCCCUUACACACACACAGCCACCACCUCCUACUGUAUCCGACUCGUGUUAGUCCCAUAUAUGUCACCAGUUCUUGUGUCUGAACCACUUAAUUAUCAGUGAAAUUAUAGGAAACAAUCAGACGUAGGGAGUCAUGCGCUGACGUUGCCACCAAUAGUUGUGUCACACUGUGCAUGUGUGUGUGUGUGUGUGUGUGUACUGGGUACGUGAUGUCUCUGUGUUUCCUGUUUCUCACUCCACUUCUCUGAAGACUCCAAAGAACUGACAUCUAUGACCCACAAACACGCAAACACAAAGACAGGCUUCCUUUAAAGUUAUAUUUGACUCAGAUUGAAAGGAAAUCUACAGGUGGUUCAGAGUCACAAUGCCUCAUCCUGUUGGUGAAUUCAGUGGUAUCCUCACCGGGUGAUAUACUGUGACACUCUGACUUUUUUUCCCCAAUGAGUGAAACUAACACUCACUCAAGUUGGUUGUUGAACAUCCUCAGGAUCGACUCAUCCAACAUGGACUUUAUCUUGGGUUUCUCACUGAUACUUGCCUUCCUUCCCCCUGGACAGACAGAACAAACCACUAAUUUAUGUCAUGAAAAGUGCCCAGCUGGAUAUUAUAGAGUUGAUUCCUGUGGCAAUUCACAGCUGUACAAAUGUGAAAUAUGUCGUAAUGGCACAUACACAGACAUAGAAAACACUCACCCUAGAUGCAACAGGUGUGCCACAUGUUAUUCUCAGCAUCAUGUGGUAAUAAGGAACUGCUCCAUAAGUAGUAAUGUGGUAUGUGACUGUAAAGAUGGAUACUACAAUGCAAACCCUGGGGCCGAUGACUUGGAUUGCAAGAAAUGCCUCUGUGAACAGUGUGAAGGGCUUAAUAACUCUGACUACCAAAAGAAGUGCGGGCCCUGCCAAAGGGCUAAGUGUCUGAAAGACCCAGAAUGUAAGAGGAAUUGUCUAAAUCUAUCUACAACCCCAACUACAACCCCAACUACACCUCCAUCUACACCUCCAUCUACACCUCCAACUACACCUCCAUCUGCAACUCCAUCUACAACUCCAUCUGCAACUCCAUCUACAACUCCAUCUACAACUCCAUCUGCAACUUCAUCUGCAACUCCAUCUACAACUCAAUCUACACCUCCAUCUUCUCCAUCUCAAUCAUUGCCCUGGCUUUUUCUCAUGGGGGUUUUGGUGACAUUUAUGCUGCUCUUUUGGCUCCUGCUGCUCUUCACCAGGAACUCACUCAGAUACCCUCAUUAUUGUUCAUGCUGGAGUGUGAACAAAGACCUGCAGCCACCUCCCGAGGACCCCAAAUUCAAUGAACAUUGCAGUCAUCAAGACGGCAGCCCGACUACGCUGACAUUUACCAUAUCUGAGGAAACCCCCAUGAUGUCUCUAAAUCUGAGUCCAGCCACACCAGAACAUCCAGCCCACGUCAGUCCUCUACUGCCUGAUGCUAAACACAAAGCUGACAGACAAGAUGAGCAAUCGGGGCUCUGGCCGGCCAUCGUCCUCUAUACAAUUAUCAAGGAGGUGCCGUUGCGUAGGUGGAAGGAGUUCUUGCGUCUGCUCUCAGUGGCUGAUCAGCAGCUGGAGCGGGUGGAGCUGGAGGCCGGUUUAGGUCUGGGCUCCAUAGAGAAGCAGUACCAGAUGCUGAGGCUGUGGAGCCAGCAGUCCUCUGCGAGCCUGAAUGAUGUUUUCUCAGCCUUGCACUACAUGGAUUUAUCCGGCUGCGCUCAGCUGCUGCAGGAAAGCCUGGAGAAGCUGCAGUGGAGGCCUGAACUGAAGCAAGGUUUCACAGACCAUGGUUUGAAUGGGGCAAUGCAGGACAUCUGAGGCCGCACCUCGGGACACACAGUACCACACUAUCAUGCAAUAAGAGACAUCAGUACUUGGACGCCAGUGUGUAAGACUAGAAACUUCAAGUUCCUAGAAAUUAUGUUACUAACUGUUGGUACUACAUGGUACAACCACAGACUACAAUAAUGUCACAUAUGACUGAUACUGAGUAAUGCAGAUGUAUAUUACAGUCUGGCUAAGAGUUAAAUGGCAUUAUGAAGCACUGUGGACCACCUACAAUUUGAUGUUUUCCUCUUUUCCUACUUCUUUUUAUGGGUUAAUAUAAGGACAUACAAUCGAGACAAGUGUAUAAUAUUUUCUUUCUUGAGUCUGUAUUGAGUUGAGCUUUAUUUUACCUCCUAACUGACACUUAAAAUACAGAAUGUACAUAUAGAAAAUAGUAAGAAAGUCGCAGAGUCAGCUGCACAACUGGAGCUUGGGUCAUUAAGUGGAUUCAUCAAAUGCAUGUGACGACAACAACAGUUUUGUUGAAGAAGGACGUCAUGGCCUCUUAACAUUCAGGCAGAACUCUAGUAAUCGAGGUGAAGAAAAAUAAUAAUUAUAAAAAGAAUGAAGGGGAAAUCCCCUUCCUUUAACUAUACUCACAUAACACCGUUUAGCACACCACUUAACCUCCAGCUUCUGUGCGCCGUCUCUGACAGGCCAACAGUGGAAAGCUGUGGUUUUACAGCAGAGUGCUGAAAUGUAACUAUAACUCAAUGAAUUUGUAUGUGUGCACAGAAAACACAGGAAGUAGUGAAUAAGUAUACGUUUGAAUUCUUAAGAAGUGUAGAAGUGUUUAUUUUUAUACUUCCGAAAAUUGGUGCUUGAUUUUCUGUGUUUUUGUUUUAGUAUAUUACUUGUCAAAGUAGUUCAGUUUGAGUAUAUAAACUGUGCGAACAUUUCAGUGUACAUCUGUGAUGUUUUAGCAGCAUUGCUGCAAAUCCUUUCACCGUGUCUGACAUCUCCUUCAACAUAAACAGCUCAGCCACUGAUUCUAGUUGUGCACCCUCGCAAGAGAAGAAAACUGAAAUCCCCACAGGAUGUCUGGUUUUCAGUUUCCUGCAAAUACAUUGUGUCAAUGUGCAGUAGGCUGGGUUUUUCCUCACCACACAUAUUCCAUCCAAACUGAUGGUUUCCUGUUGUGAGUUUGGGGUACCUCACUUUGAGAGUUUUGUGUGUCAGUUCAGUUACUGACAGUAGAGGAGCUGGACUUUCCAAUUAAUUAGAUGAAUCUAGGUCUGUGUUUUUUGGUUUUGGGCCUUGAGACGUGUGUAUGUAUAUUAUGUUAUCAUUAUUUUCAUUUUCUGAAACUACUUAUGGAUGCUUGUAUGUGUUGUUACAAAGCUCAAUGAGUGUAUUAUCAUACGGUCAGGGUUAGGUUUUUAUCCUCACUGGAGUCGCCAAUGGUACAAAUGUAUGGUAACAUGGUACUGCAAGAGCCUAAGUCAAAAUGUCAUUGUACAGUAUGUCAUGAAUAAAAAUUCUUGGCCACAA